UCAACCAACAGAACCGUGCCUAACUUCCUCUAUAAAUCUUGUUUCUAUUUGUUUAUCUGUCAAACGAAAGAGCUAGUAUUUCAGUGCAUCCGUAUAUUUUCGUUGAACACUCGACCGAAUAUGUCGAGGUUUUCAUCACUGUGUAUAGUUCUCGUUGCUUUUUAUGUUGUUGCGGCGACUUCAGAAAUAGAUAAUGACGAACUACGAAAUGAUGCUUCCAUUCCUAUCUCAAAGACGAAGGGUAACGCCUCUUCGAUCAUCCGACCAAUACAGAAGGACGACAGGCUAAUGAAUGGUGCUGAAGUUGAUAGAUCGAUUAUAACAAUGGAUCAAAGCGUAGAGGAAAUUAGAAUAAUAAAUAGUUUACCAAAGGCUGAAAUAUUGAAGAAUGUAGGAUCUAUGUUCUGCAAUGGGACCGGAAACCAUUAUACUUGUUACCAAGUAACUGGUAUAAGAUCUGUGGGAAUAUACUUUGCUUUCGAUAUCCAUAUCGGAAAAGAAUAUUUCCAACUGUUAGUGACAGUCAAUGGGAAACAACAAAAAAUAAGACUGUGGAAUAGAAAAAUGUCAAAUUUCCAAGUGAAGAUUAAACGCCUACCGAUAUUACAUGUCUGUUUCUUUGCCGUGAGGUUUAAAACACAUUAUAGGCAGUGGUGCGUUAUUGUUACAACGUACAUGAAUAAAAGGACGUAUGUGAGAGAGCUCGGUUGUUUCCGAAAUCAUGACCAUGAGCCUCCAAGACAAUGAUGACGAGGGCAAAGACAAUGAUGACGCUGUUGGUGAUGAUGAUGAUGUACUACUACUACUACUACUGCUACUACUACUGCUACUACUACUACUACUACUACUACUACUACUACUACUACUACUACUACUACUACUACUACUACUACUACUACUACUUCUACUGUUAGGCGGUGAGCUGGCAGAAACGUAUGUUAAUAUCACAAAAUGAUAUUAACAUAAAUGCAUGCACGUUACCUUUUAAUAUAUGUUAAUAUAAACAAUAAACAUACGUUGUAAAUAUUUUCAUGAAUAAAAUGUUAUUAUAUGUUAA